GACCUACACCCAUGCACCCAGAAAACCCUGUAUAAAAACACCACCAUCAACCAUCAUUCACACACUAAUUAACCAUGGCUAAACACUCCUCCUCCUACACCACCACUACCUUGGCUGCGUUCUUAACAUUCUCACUGGUUGCAGCCACCCCGAAAGCUCAGGCGCCUCGUGCUUUCUUUGUGUUUGGUGAUUCACUGGUCGACAACGGCAACAACAAUUACCUCCUCACCUCCGCCCGAGCUGAUGCUCCGCCGUACGGAAUCGAUUACCCCACCCACCGUCCCACCGGCCGGUUCUCCAAUGGACUUAACAUUCCCGAUCUCAUUAGUGAAAAGCUUGGGGCAGAACCAACAUUGCCAUACUUGAGCCCGGAGUUGAACGGAAAGAAGCUACUGGUUGGAGCAAAUUUUGCUUCCGCCGGGAUCGGCAUCCUCAAUGACACUGGAAUUCAGUUUGCAAAUAUCAUAAGAAUAACUCAACAAUUACGAAAUUUUCAAACGUACCAAGAUCGAGUAAGUGCACUUAUUGGACCACAAGAGACCCAAUCACUCGUCAACAAGGCUCUUGUUCUAAUCACACUAGGAGGCAACGACUAUGUUAACAACUACUUCCUCAUGCCAAUCACAGCGAGAAAGUUACAAUACUCCAUUUCACAGUUCACAAGAUAUAUUAUUGCAGAGUAUCGUAAAAUCCUAAUGGAACUAUACGAUUUGGGGGCAAGACGAAUCCUAGUGACAGGAUCUGGACCAUUGGGUUGUGUUCCAUCUCAAUUAGCUUCAAGUAACUCAAACGGACAAUGUGCAUACGAACCUCAACAGGCUUCAGCUUUAUUCAACCCCCAAUUGGUUGAAAUGAUCCAAAGCCUCAACCAAGAACUUGGAUCCGACUACUUUAUAGCUUCUAAUGCAAAUAUGAUGCAAGGCGACUUCAUUAGUAAUCCACAAGCUUUUGGUUUCGUAACGUCGAAGAUUGCAUGUUGUGGACAAGGACCAUAUAACGGGGUUGGUCUCUGUAACCCCACAUCAAAUCUUUGUCCUAAUAGAGAUCUGUAUGUGUUCUGGGAUCCAUUUCAUCCAACCGAACGUGCAAAUAAGAUUAUUGUCGAAACCAUCUAUAGUGGUUCAGACAAGCACAUGUAUCCGAUGAACCUAAGCACCAUCAUGGCUUUGGAUUCCAUGACCUAGUUCAGCGACCGUUAUUUCUAGAUAUUUUCAUUUAAUCUUGUGUCUCCUAAUGUGCUUUGGCAUGACCUAAAGUUGUAACAAAAAAAUUAAGUUGUGGUUUUUAAUAAUUAUAUUGCAAUUUCCAA